AUGGUGCUCCCUAUGCGUUGCGGCGACGGCAAACUCUUCGGCGACGGCGGCGCGGAGUACCCCUGCGUGAGGCGGUACCGCCACCGGCGGCUCCUCACCUUCCUCUGGCUCCAAGGCUUCCGAGACACCCACGGAUCGAUGCUGAGCGAGUCGGAUGCCAUGCUAUGGGUGCCGCACCUGAAGCACUUCGUGCUGCAUGACCAAUGGCAAGAUGCCAAUCGCUACCUCUCCCACUUCCUGCCGCUGGUCACCAGGCGCCGAACAAGCGUCGAGGCCAUGGUCCUCAGGCGCGUCUUCAACGCGUUCAGUACCUUGGCCAACAUCGUCGGCGGCGGGGAAGACGACCUGUCCAAGCAGUACCUCGACCACAAAAGAACCAUCUGCCACGGCCAAAUAAGGCUCCGCUCCAUCAUACUCAACGUCCAGCAAGCCAGGGCCUCGAUUGACUGGGAGCGUGUGAAGGAAAUGGCGGCAGAGAUUUUGGAGGAAUUGGCAUAUGCGACGCCGGAGCUCAAAGACUUGACCUUAAUGCCGGGAGGUUUCCGCCGGAGGUGUCGCCCAAAGAAACAGAGGACCCGGCAGCCAAAAUCCCCUGCUGGAGUUGCCAAGAGCUACCUUGUGAGAUGGCGCAGACUGCCAGCUUCUUCAGAUCCCUCUCAGGAAACAUAUGACCAUGAAUGUUUAAAAGCUGGUAAAAAACCUGAAACGGAAGGUACUACUGCUGCCCCAGUCUUGCAGACCAUCUCUAGUAGCUUGACAUGCCCUGCUAUAUACACUGGGAUCCCAUCAGUUGCAAAUGCAGGUAAACUGGCAAGCCAUGUGCCACCUACUGGUGCUCCACUCUUGCAGCCUGUGUUUAGUAACUUAACAAGCGGUUGUGGAAACUCUGGUACCGGAUUGAUGGCAAAUGCAGGUGCUAUUACUGCUCCACUCUCGCAGACUACGUUUGGUAGCUUGGCAGGCCCUGUUAUAAACCCUGUGGUGACAUCAGUGGAAAAUGCAGGUGCUCUUGUUGCUCCAGUCUCACGUAAUGUGUUUGUUACUCCUGGGACGCCAUUGGCAAAUGCAGGUAAAUCAGCAUGCCAUGCCCUUACUCCUGGUGCUCAAAUCUCGUCGACUGUGGUUAGUUGCUUGACAAGCCCUGCUAAAAAUUCCGAGCUCCCACUGAUGACAAAUGCAGAUGCCGGCAGUGGCAAUCGAAACCUAGGCCGAGGAGAUCCAUGGCGCGAGCAUAACUCUGAGCAGGCGAGCACCAAGCCGAGGAAAAAGAUUAAGCACUCUACGAUUGCUGUUAGAUUAUCUAUCUACGAUUAG